UAAACUUGGAAUCCUACAACCUAUACAUUCGCUCGCUCGUUCUCUCGUACAAGAUAUCUCAUAUUCCUUCCAGCUUUCUAGGGUUUGGUCAGUUCCUCUCAACCGAAAAUAAUGAGCCCGACGACUCACUCUGGUGAUCCCGAUGGAUCGGAGGAGCGGCUCUUGCCGGAAUCUGGAAGCGAAGAGAAGUCCUGGCGUUUAAACUUCGAUGGCUUUCAGCUCUCCGACCACAAAGAAAAGCCGCCGCGUGGCCUUCAAGACUGCCUUGGUGUUCGAGGUCCAGAAGAUGUUGUGGCUGAGUAUUACCAACAACAGAUAGAGAUGUUAGAGGGAUUCAAUGAAAUGGAUGCCUUAGCAGAGCGUGGUUUUCUCCCUGGAAUGUCAAAGGAAGAACGGGACAGGAUGGCUAGAAGUGAGACACUUGCCAUCAGACUUUCAAAUAUUGCAAACAUGAUUCUUUUUGGUGCUAAAGUUUUCGCAUCCAUUAGGAGUGGUUCAUUGGCGAUUAUAGCAUCCACACUAGAUUCACUCCUUGACCUUUUAUCAGGUUUUAUUCUGUGGUUUACAGCAUUCUCUAUGCAGACACCAAACCCAUAUCAAUACCCCAUUGGAAAGAAGCGGAUGCAGCCAUUGGGAAUUCUUGUUUUUGCCUCUGUUAUGGCUACACUUGGUCUGCAGAUAAUAUUGGAGUCAUUGCGCACACUUUUAUCUGAUGAGAGUGAGUUCAACUUGACCAAGGAGCAGGAACAAUGGGUGGUUGGUAUUAUGCUCUCUGUAACGUUGGUGAAGCUCUUCCUGGUUUUCUACUGUCGUUCUUUCACCAAUGAGAUUGUCAAAGCUUAUGCUCAGGAUCACUUUUUUGAUGUCAUCACAAAUGUCAUUGGACUUAUUGCUGCUCUUCUGGCCAAUUAUAUUGAUGACUGGAUGGAUCCUAUUGGAGCUAUUAUUCUGGCUCUGUAUACCAUCCGCACAUGGUCCAUGACAGUGCUGGAAAAUGUGAACUCCCUAGUAGGAAGGUCGGCAGCACCAGACUUUCUACAGAAGUUGACGUAUCUUUGUUGGAACCAUCACAAGGCUGUAAGGCACAUAGACACCGUACGGGCUUACACCUUUGGCUCACAUUACUUUGUUGAGGUUGAUAUUGUCUUGCCAUCGGAUAUGCCUUUGCGGGAGGCACAUGAUAUCGGGGAGUCCUUGCAGGAGAAGCUUGAGCUCCUUCCUGAGAUUGAGCGUGCCUUUGUUCAUCUUGAUUAUGAGUUCACACACAAGCCUGAACAUGCGCAAUCACAGUCUUAAUUACAUGGUUAAAAUUGACAAUCCAAGUGUGGGUGCCGCCACAUUGUUAGCUUCAUGACCACCAAAUCCAGAAUCCAAGCACAUCGAGUUCAUUGCUUCGAUUAUCUGCCUACGACCGUGCACGUGGUCAGUUGGCACAUUUUUGGGAAUGCCACAUUAAUAUAGAGUGGCGAAUCUGUACAAAUAGAGUUCACAUUACCUGCGACCUUUAGGUUAUGUUUGGUUUGAAGAAAAAGGUAGGGAAACUUAUCAAAAUUUGUAAAGGAAAAGUACGGACAGGCUCAAUGUAGAUUUCUGAUUUCCACUGCAAUGCAUUUCCGCCAGGAUAACGCCA